AUGUCGCCUAUCGCUCUCACACCUCCCAACGACGGUGAAACUGUCACCGACCUCACUAGCUCUGGCAUUCAGCAUGCUCUUGGGAAGUCUGCCCCUUCGCAGCUGAAGUCUGCAUCUCUCACAAACACAAUCACCGCUACACCACCACCGGAGCGGGAAUCAAAGACUCACACUGUGGAGUCGCCCUUGGCUGAGCUCGACGCCUCCCAAGUAGAAUGCACAUACACCGACGCCCCCCGUUCCGUCCCUGCCCUAGGCUCGGUGGAGAUGGCUUCCCAGAAAGUUUGCACCGACCACAUGAUCCAGGCCAAGUGGACUGUUGAAUCGGGCUGGGCUGCACCAACUCUCCAACCCUACGGCCCUAUCUCUCUGGCACCCACGGCAUCAUGUCUGCACUACGCGACUGAGUGCUUCGAGGGAAUGAAGCUUUACCGUGGCCACGAUGGAAAGCUUCGCCUGUUCCGCCCAGACUUAAAUUGUAAUCGCAUGCUAAUGUCCACAAACCGUAUCGCUCUGCCCGGUUUCCCACCCAAGGAGCUCCUCAAGCUGAUCAUCAAGCUCUGCGAGACCGAUGGUGCCAAGUGGCUCCCUAAGGACCGCCCUGGAAGCUUCCUGUACAUUCGUCCCACAAUGAUCGCCUCAGACCCGGCUCUUGGUGUCGAGCGACCUAAGGAGGCUCUUCUCUUCGUUAUUCUGUGCUGCUUCGCGCCCAUGGGCGACAUGUCCGGUGGAAUCAAGCUCCUCGCGUCUCAGGACGAUAUGUGCCGUGCCUGGCCUGGAGGUUUCGGAUACGCUAAGGUCGGUGCGAACUACGGUCCCUCCCUCGUUGCACAGGGCGAAGCGAGAUCGAGAGGAUAUCAUCAGAUUCUCUGGCUGUUCGGUGAAGAUUGCACCGUGACUGAGGCGGGUGCUAGCAACUUCUUCGUCGUCUGGCGCACAAAGGAGGGCAAGCUGCAGCUCAUUACUGCCGACCUGAACGAGCGUAUCGUUCUCGAUGGUGUGACUCGCCGGUCCAUCCUCGAGCUUGCACGCACCAAGCUUGCAUCCGGGCACGAGGGUCUUGAGGCUGUCGAGGUCGUCGAACGCAAGUUCAAUAUCUUCGAACUCCAGGAGGCUGCCAAGGACGGCCGUCUCGUAGAGGCUUUCGCUGCUGGCACCGCUUGGUUCGUCACUCCAAUCAGCCAAAUUCACUUCCGCGGCAACGAUAUUGACAUUCCCAUGUCCAAGGGGCAGGUCGGUGCUUACGCCGAUGUUGUCAGGACAUGGUUGAAGGGCAUCAUGUGGGGAAGUGACGGCAUGGAGAGGCACGAGUGGGGUCACGUUGUUAACGAGCAGUAG